UUUCCCCUUCUUGAACAGAAUAGUAGAAAAUUCUUUUAGCUAAUUACGAAUCGUGGCACAAUAAAAGAAAUUACUAUAGAGUUGAGCAUUUUUUGAUUUCCCGAAUUCCCAAUUAAUGACUUGACUAAAAUCUACAGUCUGUGUAAAGAAAUCCUGAGACUACGACAUGAGAUGUGGUUUAAUAAUAGUAGCAUGGUGAGUAAGGGGAGACAACAUGUCAAUUCUUUGUUGACUUGGAAGGUUUUGAUAUUUUGUGUUGUGUCCCUUGGGACGUGUGUCGUCAGUGGAAUCUGCCAAUUCAAAAAUGUGACCAAAGUUUCACGCUUAGACCCGCCUCGUCCAGUUUUGGCAUACUAUAUAUCUCGAUUUACUACAGACUUCAAGUGUCUUCUACUUCAAUUCAUAGCAGACAAAGAAACGGGUAAAGUCUGCUUUCAAGAUGAAGGAAAUUCAAUGAAAAUCGAUAAUACAAAUAUUGAACUGAAAGUUUAUGAUGGUGGAGCUGAAACAUUACUAAUAAAAUAUACAAGAGAAUUUAUAGGAUACAGAGAAUACUGCUCAACAAGCCAGUCUUUGGAAUUUUUUUUUAGAAGACUAAAUAACGAUUCUCCUCUAUAUCCGGAUCUACUUUAUAUUAAUAUUCAAGUUAUUCAUAUAGAAAGUGUUUUUAGAGUGGUUUUCAUGAAUGAACGCUUCUGUGGCAAUAAGGUUAGAAUAGCUAACAGCAGAGUGCGAGUAUACAGCAAGUUUCCUAAUAUAGGGAUAGACAUUAGACAAAUAUGUCAGGUAAUGUUUGUGAAGGUUUUGCAAGAGAGACAACUGUGUUUAUUUUACAAGCUGCGCUCUGAGAAAUGGGUUCAACUAUUUGACUGGGACAUAUACGUAUCUAUUGUUAAAUACUCUUUGUCACCGGAGAAUGUAGUUUAUAAAUUUAAUUCCAGAAAUGAAAGUUCUGGAAAAUGGUGUGACGAGGCGAAUAGAGAAAAUAUUUAUGUCAUCUACAAGACCAAUCAAACUGAACCAUUCCCGUCAGAUCCACCAGUGUUUAUGAUACUUGUAACAGAUGUUGAGACCCAGUCAACGGACAAUGCAACUUCUGUAACUCCGUGGUGGUCUAUGGACUAUUCACCAACACAGUCAACGCCUACAAAUGGUUUCAGUGAAAUUGUCAGCAGCCACAGCAUGGCAGUUCUUGUUUCCCUCGUUACCAACGCAGCAAUAGACGUGUUGUUAUGUUGAUAACUCGCUUACACCCGACAGCCACGCACCAACAGAAAUUAAGAGGCUUUAACUCAUGGUCCAGAAAGUGUAGUCGACUGUUUUAAUAAACUACUUGCCAUUGUAUAGAUACUAUGCUAACACGCCUCCCAUUCAAAUAAAAACAACUACAUCUCCAAUAAAUCUUGCUAUUAACUGUCAAGUAUUUUGUUACCGAGACGAAUAGAGAAACUAUUUUUGUCAUCUACGAAACAAAUCAAAGCCAACCAUUCCCGUCAGAUCCACCAGUGUGAUUGAUACUUGUAACAGAUGUUGAGAACCAAUCAACGGACUAUGCAACUUCUGUAACUCCGUGGUGGUCUAUGGACUAUUCACCAACACAGUCAACAGCCUCAGGAAUUCUGUCAACACCUACAAAUGGUUUCAGUGAAAUUGUCAGCAGCCACAGCAUGGCAGUUCUUGUUUCCCUCGUUACCGCCGCAGCAAUAGUCGUGUUAUUAUGUUGAUAACUCGCUUACACCCGACAGCCACGCACCAACAGAAAUGAAGAGGCUGUAACUCAUGGUCCAUAAAGUGUAGUCAACUAAUUUUAUUAAUAAGCUAACUCACCUUCUCUCCUAACAAGAAAACAAAUAUAAAAAAUACUCUUAGAG